UGAUGACAUCACCCAGUCAGUCACACACAGUCGGACCGCCGCGCGCUCAGACUCAGAGGAACUAGUUGUUGGAGCAGAGAGAGCGCAGCAGCACCUCAUUACACACAGAGCACCAGCUGGAGGAAAUAUUCACCUGUGCGCUGCCAGGACGAAUUCACGAGGAUUUUCAUUCAUUUCAGCAGACUCCGUCUGAAAGGCGCAGUGAGGGACACUUGAAACAAGAACCUCUGUCGGACCCCUGCUUUGUCCUGUAGCCAAACAAGUUUUUUCUUGCCUUGUAUGAGGGAGGUUUUACGCAGAAACUGACCCGCGUCUGAAGGUGUUGUUUCGGUUUAUUUCGGUGAGACUACGUGCCUGGUUCCAUAAAGAGGACCGUAAUCAACCAUGGCGAGACAUGACGCCCGAAAUUGGCAUGACUGCACUAAAAUGAUCGGACUGCUCUGCUUGGUCGCGUCGAUACUUACAGAACACGGAGCGGCAGGUCAGCGAGUGAAGGUGGAGCCAGAGGUGUCGUCAUAUCCUGGACAGACAGUCAACCUACGCUGUGCCUUCACUGAUGCCACUGGGAUUCAGCUCACAAUGGUCACGUGGAUCUAUGAGCCGAAGGACGGAGAGAGGAUCAAUAUCGCUGUGUUUCACCCCAACUUUGAUCCCAACUAUCCAGACUCACCCGUGAAGGGCAGAGUCAGCUUCACACCCAGUCCUCCAAACCUGGCCAGUCCCUCCAUCCAGAUUAGCGAUGUUAGGAUGACCGAUGAGGGGAAGUACAUCUGUGAAUACGCUACUUACCCGAUUGGCAACGAGCAGGGAAUCACCUAUCUGGUCAUGCUGGCUAAGCCUCAGAACUCAGCCUCCAUCGUAACAGUGGAAGCAGGCACUAAGCCUGUCACUGUGGCACGCUGCGAGUCUGUAGAUGGACGUCCCGCUGCGCAGAUCUCCUGGGUGACCACAGCCAAUGGAAAUGCGUCAACAGUGUCUAAGCCGGGUACCGACAACACCGUGACAGUGACCAGCGAGUACCGAAUGGUUCCCACAGCAGCAGACAAUGGGAAAGACAUCAGCUGUGUGGUGUCACACAGGACCCAGGUCAAACCAGAGAGCUUCCCUUUGAAACUAGCAGUUCAAUACGCCCCUCAGGUGACAAUAGUGGGUUAUGACAAUAAUUGGUACGUGGGUCGUACAAAUGUGGUGCUCACCUGCCAAGCUACUGGAAACCCUGUUCCCACCUCCGUCCAGUGGAAGACGAUGUCAGGAGAGAUACCAGACACAGUGCAGAUCAAAGGCAACGAGCUGAGGGUGCUGAAGGUGGACGAGGCUGUCAACACCACUUUUGUCUGUGAGGUCAAGAACCGCAUCGGGACCACCAGGGAUCAGGUCACAGCCAUCGUCAGAGAGCCCUCAGUGAACCCAACCAAUGCCGGCAUCGUGGCGGGAGCUGUGAUUGGCUCCCUGCUGGCCCUCCUUUUGGUCGCCGCUCUCAUCGCCGUGCUUGUCACCCGUAGCCGCAGGCAACAGCAGGGCUACCGUGCCAAUGGUGGCAGUGACAUGAAGACACGCAUAUUUGGUGGCGGGAAGAAAGCCAGCAAGAAUGGCACAGGUGGAGGUGCAGGCAGCGGCGUGGGUGGCGUCGGAGGCGGUAACAACAACGGCCCCAUCUACGUUUACAGCGAGAGCUCACCCCACCAGGGCCUCGGGGAGAAAAACAACCACCACCAGCCACUCACCAUGGCAGGGCGACCCGAAGUUGUCGCCACGACACCCACCGCCCAAGACAUCCUGCUAAGCAGUGAGUUAGACGACGCAGAGAGGAGGAAGUUUGAUGAGCUGGAGGAGGAGGAGAGGUAUGACCACUUCACUGGAGGGGCCCCCAUCCUUCAGCUUCGCCCACACAACGAUCAGGACGAUAUGAUGGGAGAUUACCUGGAUGAUGACAUGGAGUCCCAGCGGGAUGGCUCUGUCAUCUCACGGACUGCAGUUUACGUAUAGAGGAGGAAUGGAGGAAAGGAGGAGGAGAAAAAGGAGGGAUGGAGGAUCACUCCCUGAGGAUUUUGUGGCUUCAGGGUCUCACCCCUGUCUGAUAGAGAAGAGAAAAUGAUACCACUUUUAUUUUUGAAAAUUGAUUUUAAAUAUAGCCUAUUAUUAAUCACAGUGCAGGCCCCAAAAUGGAUUGAAUGAACAGGAGGGUGUGGUGGGAUGUUCUGAAAGGAGUGUUGCUGUUAUCUGGUCCCCAAGAGCUGAAAAUCAAACAGAAAAGAAACAACCUGUCUCCCACCGCUUCUGCUCAUGCUACCGCUAUCACUGGGACCUUGACAAGGACUCUUGACAGACACACUAAAAGAGAGAAACUAUGUAGUGUGGGAGUAGGAUAAUGGAAUCAUGAUACAAGCUUGGCUAUAGAGGAGGCAUCACACUUGCAUAUUCACUCUUAUCUUCACCAAAACUGUAGAAAUGGAAGGGGUUGUCAAGUAGUUACAGUUUGCCUGCUAUUCUCAGUCCUCCUGUGGGGAAACCUUUCGUUUUGGUAAUGCGUUGUGCUGUGACAGCUGGUGAGUAGUUAGUAGGUAGUGAUGGGUUGGGAGGAAAAUAUUUGAAGGUAUAGACAGAAACCAUCAGGUGAUUUGGGGAAGAGAACAAUGUAUUUGCUUGUGUCUGCUGGUGAGCUCUCGUUUCUGCUCUCUCUGCCUUCUUCUCAAACUUUAAACAAAAAAAAAACAUCUCUGCAAACUAUCAGCCACAGUAGACACUCUGUGAAUUUACAAAAUUUAAAAAGAACAUUAGGUCCUUAUGUGCUGCACAAAUACAAGAGCAGCUCAAUUUAACAAAGUAAGUUUGCAUUGAGUUUGAACCAAGUUCUUAACAAGGUAUUCACAUGCAAACUUUUGUUCUGUGCCUGGAGGUAGGAGACAGUAAACAAGAGAUGAGGGAAUGAGGUGUAGCCAAUCUGACAGGGUCAAGGGAUGGAGAGAGGGAUGUGGGAGGCGGGAAGACUAGAGAGGAGCAUGUCUCUUCCUUUCUCUUCCUCCUCAUCCCCCGUCUCUCCAGAACGCUCCUGACAGGAGGAGCUUGAUUGGUAAUGAGCCGUGAAGUCGCUCGCUUAGCCGGGACCAACAGAUUGCCACCACUUAUCGUUUAUGACGUGGCAAUCCCCCCCCCUCCCUUCUCCCCUCACACCUCUAUCACUUUAUCAUCCCUCCAUCUCUCCCUCUCCUUCUCUCUUCAUCCCCCUCUCCCAGUGUUUAUGGGGAGUUUAUGAUUUAUCCCGGGCAGUGUGGAGGUCAGGGCCACAGAGAGCAGGGGAGUAUUUUACUGCUCCUGAUGUGUCAAACACCCCACUUACUCUAUUCCAACCCAGGCUGCCCUGUCAUGCCAGGACCGACUAAUCCACCUGGAGUGGCCAUUUUCACUCCACCACACAGACACACUUUACCACCUCCUCCCAGACUUUACUAAAUGGCCGGAUGUAACAGAACCCCCAGUGCAUCUGCAUUAGGUUAGAUAGAUUUUCAAUGAGAUCAUGUAAUAUUUCUUUCCAUUAACGGAAGUUGUUAAAUGUAGUGAAUUGAUUGGGAGACGUAAAAGGCUGUGCCCACAGCGAAGCUACAGGAGUCAUAUUGACGGACAGGCAACAAACGAUGAAAUGGCCCUUUAUGAUGCAGCUUCAGGGCUGAUUGUCUCCUGACUGUUAAUUUAUCCUUCUAACGAGCCACUGGAGGCUCACUCAAACAAAUAUCGCUCCAUGGCUACUGUACACUGCUGUCUUUGAGGCUUAGUGUGUACAUGUGCAAUGCGUCACUGUAUCUGCACAACCACUGGAUGACCGUGACGGACAAUCUUGGAGAGAAGCCCUACUGUAUCUCCUCUAAUCAUGCUUUUCCUGGCCUUCAAAUCAACUCCCCUUUGACCCACUGGGAAUCUGGUGACUGCAGUCUAGAUGACUGCACUGACCUUCUGUAAGGCCCAGAUCUGGGUUGCAGUUUGCUGCAGGUCAUGAGGUCAAAUGCAGGGUGACCCACUGCCAAGGGCAAGGAUGACUGCACUUGCCCGCAUUUCUUAUUGUAGCUGUUUUUAACCUUGGACUAUAGAUGCGAGACACAGUCACAUACAGUACAAGUGUGGCUGUUAACCUUAAGAGAGGCGGAGAGAGAAUAGGAGAGAGAGACACAGGAGGCAGAUGACAAAAAUAGAGACAGUGUUUGGUGUUUUGAGUAUCGUCUGGCAUAUUGUAAGCCAGUGUGCUCAAAAGGAUUAUCAUGUAAUGGCCUUAGUGUAUACAUAAAUGCAACUCCUGGGGUACAGUACAUUUACUAAAUACAACUGAUUUGUCACAACCACUCGAAAUAAAAAAGCAUUACCUAUUUUUGCACUUGUGUGUAUCACCGCUAAAAAGAGAAAUAUGAGCGUAAUGCUUGCUUUUUGGGGUAAAAAAUAGCAACAAGGGACAAAACUGUUGUAUGUACAUUUUGGUGUGAGGUAUCUGUGUACUAUAUAUGUGAGCAUUUUUAUUUUUCUUGUGAAAAAUGUGGAUAUUUAUGAAAAUGUAAAUAUCAGAUCAAUGGAGCCAGUGUUGCCAGUGUUGUGGAAGUCAAGAUUGAGGAGCUCUGGGUUGGCUAACCCUAAAGUUCAAAUGUCUCAGAGGGCAUUCAGAAUGUAAUUUUUAAUCUAAUGAAUACCUCGGCAGUUUGGGUGUAUUCGACACACUCAACUGACUGAGUUUAGCCUAAGAGUUGAUUUUGUUUUGGGGGAAAAAAAUUAUAUGCUUGUAUAAUUUUUUUUGUUCAAUUUAGCAUUGCCUGCAUUUCCACAUAAUAAGCACACACUUUUUUUUUUGGCACAAUUGGCUUCUCCUUCUCCUUGACAGACACCCUGCACAAUGCAAAAAUACACACAAUGCUCAUAAUUUAUCAGGUAGACCGUAACCACACAAGCAUUGGUCUGUGUAGAGUCUGAGUCAGCCCUGUGUGUGUGUAUAGUUGUCAGUGCAUAUUUUCGUGACGCUGGGGGGGGGCAUCUCUCGCUGCCAUUGGGGCUAUAACCUGAGUAGCCACCCUUUGUCACCAUGGAAAACUGGCAAACUGAAGAUAUUAUUGUGCAUUUCGAAUACACGCACUCAGUCACACACACACUGCAUAUACAUACGCAGAAUGCAGAGAAACAUUCGCCCACACACAAACACCCCUCAGUCACUCUCAUUAUGCUCACUCCCACAGCCAAACUGUGCUGAAGACACCUCAUACCUGACAACUCUGCCAUCUCCUGACAUAAGCCCACACAAAUACGCUUGCAUAGCCGAACACAAACACACACACAAACACACGCACGCACAAACACUUCUACUUUUUCCUCUUCUUGCUCAGUGGCUCUGUCAGGACAUAUACUGUGCCCUGUAAGAGUGGAAAGAGCUGCAGCAUGAUGUGUCCCCUGCUCCACUGCUUUCUAUCCAACCCCAAAUAGUCCAACCUGUUCCCGAAUCAGUGACCACGUAGAGUAGAGACAACUACACAUUCAGGGACACACACCUUUCACCUAGUGUCAGAGAAACUGGCUUUUUAGGAAACCAUUUGUCUGUCCCCGCUUUUGUUCUACACAGGAAAUAUAGCUUUCACAGAAAUGCCACCGUGCUGACCUCCUCCAGCUCCCGUGUUCCUUUGAAUGCUUUUAGAAAGUCACAACUUUCCCUACUCCUCUCCAAAAUGUUGUUUUCGACUUCUCUCACUUCAGCCACCUCCACCACCACGACCGCCUCCACACACACACACACACACACACACACACACACACACACACACAUACCGUUGCCACCCACCUCAACACCCAAGUAAAGCUUGUCAGACAAAAUGCUUUUAGAUAAAUCUACGAUCCUGGCCCCCGGGUCUAGCACAAGGUUAUGUAGUCAAAACACCCGGUAUUUUUCUUUUUCCAAAAAGCCACAUACUGUUGCUGUUUCUCCGGCUCCAAACAUCUGAUGACUAAUCAAAGCCUUAACAUCUCCCAUCUCACUUGCAUAAAAGGAAAAAAAAAGAGAAAACCUCCCUGUGUACAUAGUAUAAAUAUAUAAAUAUGUAGCAGAGAAAAAGAAUUACUAAUUUAUGGUGUCACGUUUGUGUAUUUCUCAGUGACAGCAAGCAUGAAGGAUUUAUUUUCUCCUAUUACAGUUUCUCCUCUUUUCUGUUAUUUUGCAGUGCUUUAUAAUUUAUGUUUUCUGAGUGCUUUAUUCUUGACUGCUGCGCUGUGAUUGCUGCCAAAACUGGCAAAUGUGCUUCUUCUAUACAAAUGAACUGUACACACAACAAAACAGUCUUACCCCAAAAUGUGCUUUUUAAUUAUUGACUGCUCUGUGUAAAAGUUGUUUUUGCUUUUUUGUAUUUUUUUAAUUUUAAAUUUAUUUUGUUCUUCUAAAAAAAGAAAAAAACAAGACAGAAUUAGAAUUGUUGUCACCAUUUUGUCGAGUCUUUCUAUAUUUUUUUCAUAUUUGGUUGCUAUUAAAGAUUUCUUGAUUUUUGAAAUGCUC